UACUCCUCCUCGUUGUCUUAGGUGAACCGGAAUAGUGAAGAGGAACGGCCCCUCAGCAGGCCUGGAGAAGUCGAAGUACUAGACUCUCACAGUGCUUGAGAGGGCCUUGUGGGUCAGGAAGGUGACACCAGCAGUUAGUUGAUUCUGCUUGACAUGAAACUUCUAUACACUGUUGGUGCUUAUUUUUUUAGUUGCCUUUUGUUUGCCUCCUUAUCUUUCUUUAAUUUAUGGCAAGGCUGUUGGCUGUUGGAUAGUAUACACACUCUUUUUGAGAUGAGAAUGUGGGUGUGGUCAGGUUAACAACCAAAUAUUAAACGGAUGCUUUCUGCAAGAGCUCAGAUGAAGAAUUACAAACUGAGGAAGGGGAAAUGGCAGCUCAAGCAGUCAGCGUGCUUAUCACAGGAGCCAACAGAGGCCUGGGCCUGGAAAUGGUUAAGCAAAUGGUUGAGGCCUCCUGUCCAGUAGGAAAGCUGUUCGCCUGCUGCAGGGAACCAGAUGGACCCAGGGCUGAGGCCUUGCAAACACUGGCAAAGAAGCACCCUGACAUCAUCGUUGUCGUCCGUCUGGACGCCACUGACCUUUGUAGCAUUAAACUGUGUGCGCAGCAGGUGGGCUCUGUGGUUGGGACGGGGGGUCUCAACCUGCUGAUUAACAACGCAGGCAUACUGGUUAAAGCCACCGUGCAGGAAACCACUACUGAAGACAUGCAGAACACCUUCAACACCAAUGUCAUUGGCCCUAUGAACAUCAUUAAAGAGUUCCUGCCUCACCUUCGUGCAGCAGCGAAGGCCAGUAGGAUAACAGGGAUGUCCAGCAGCAAAGCAGCCGUCGUCAGCAUCUCCUCAUUUCUGGGUUCAUUGGAAGUUGUAAAACAGUCAUAUGCCCACUUCCGUGCCGUCCCCUACCGUGUCAGCAAAGCAGGUUUGCAUAUGCUGACACUGUGUGCUGCAGAGGAGCUAAAGACGGAUGAGAUCCUGUUUUCUCUGAUACACCCUGGCUGGGUGCGCACUGACAUGGGUGGAGAGGAGGUGAGUCAGCAGGAAACAAUGUCGAGGAAGCUCUGAAUGACACUUUACUUUAUCAACUGAGAAGCACAACAUUAAAAUCACACCAUAUGAUUUCACAGGAUCAGAUUCAUAAAACUUAUUCAUUUUAAAGAUUCAUCCUACACAGCACAGGCUUGUUUUAUUCAUGCGUUUCA